UAGUCGCAUUCUAUGCACGUCCUUCAUGUACUUCUAUCCCACAUGCACCUUUCCCACAUACACCUUUCCCACAUGCACCUCUCUCACAUGCACCUCUCCCACAUACACCUCUCCCACAUACACAUCUCCCACAUGCACCUUUCCCACAUGCACCUCUCCCACAUGUACCUCUCCCACAUACACUCUCCCAAAUGCACCUCUCUCACAUGCACCUCUCCCACAUGCACCUCUUCCACAUACACCUCUCCCACAUGCACCUUUCCCACAUGCAAAUUUCCCACAUGCACUUUUCCCACAGACGCCUCCCCCACAUGCACCUUUCCCACAUACACCUUUCCGACAUGUACCUCUUUCACAUGUAUCUCUCCCACAUGCACCUCUCCCACAUGCACCUCUCCCAAACGCACCUCUCCCAGAUUAACCUUUCCCACAUGUACCUCUCCCACAUACAACUCUCCCACAUGCACCUUUCCGACAUGCACCUUUCCCGCAUGCUCUUCUUUCAUUUCUUUUUCGUGUACCUCUUUCGCGUGUACCUUAUCAAUGUGCGUAUCUCUAGUGCACACCUCUCCCAUAUAUAUCUUUCACGUGCAUCUUUCCUUUACAUCCAUUUAAAUCUAAGAUUUUGAAUUGAAAAGUUUGACCACGUGAUUUCAGAGUUAGUAAUGAUAUUUUUCCGCUGUUUGAUCUAACAAUCAAGGUCAAAGAAUACCUGCAGGCAAUAACUUGACAGUAAAUAACUGUUACGCAAGUGAAAUGUUUAUCACAGAACUACGACGAAAAAGGUAAAUUUAUUGCAUUUUACUAUGCACAUUCCGUAACUCUUUAAAGAAAUAUGUUGGGUGUUUUCUCUAUGUUAAAACGAAUUCAAAUGGAAAACUAUCACAAUAAACAGUGAUUGACUUUUAUCUGACAUAUGAGAUAUAUUUCCUUUAUCAUUUUCCUACAGUUUUGUGCCAUGAUCAAUUUAUAUGAUAUUCACAAAAAGAUUUCCAUUUGUUUCUCGGUCUGUGCCAUGUUAAUGUCCUCUGUCGUGAUGUAUGAAAUAAUAAAACUUUAGAAUUCAUCUUCAUGUUUUGUUUUGAGUCCCCCACAUCAUGGGCUGUUGACAAGUUGUGAAAGUAGACCAAAGGGAAGCAACUCCAAAUCUUCACCGCUACAAGUAUAUUUACUUUAGUUUUCACAAAUUGCAAAACAGUUUUCAAUCCUGAUUGAUACAGGGGGUUGGUCUUCUAGCAUCUACGAAUAUUGUUUUUAUCUGUCCACUGGUUUACUUUCAUUGUCACAAAGCACGAAAUAUUUGUCAAGCUGAAAACAACAGGCCAUGGAUUAGAAUUCAGAUACUUUCUCGGUGCUCAUGAUGCUCCUUACGAAAGCCAAUGAAUGGCAUGAUAGGUAAUACACUCAAAAGCACAACUGUUUACUCAAUAUCCAUAUAUAUCGAUGAAUUUUGGGUGCUUUCUCUCGUCUCUCGACACUGUGAACUUUAUAUUCCGACCAGAUAAAAGGAGUAAUCCUUAUGGUACCUUCACAUUCACGGAAUUUUCAUACGGAUCCUUACGUAUUCCACAAAUCCGUAAAAGUAAACGGAUUGUUACGAUUUAGACACGGAUACCGACGAGUGAUUUACGAAUACUUGCGAUUGACUACGAGUCGGAGAUCCGUAAGGACUCGUAAGAAAAAUCCGUGAGUGUGAAGGUGGUAUUAGUCAAAAUAAAUAUGCAAAGAACGAUUCAGAACGAUUUAAUUUUUUUAUAACAAAAACAAUAUCCCAGAAGACAUAAUUUUUACUACAUUCCCUACAUCUGAUUUUUUUUAUCAUUAGAUAUAACACCUAUACAACCUAUCAUUGGGUCAUAUGUUUUACACAUAUUGUUAGGCCAUUCUUGCCACACUGAUUUUGACUACGGAUUACUACGUUUAGCUGAUCAAGAUAUAAGGCUCACGGCAGGUGUGACCGGUCGACAGGGGAUGCGUACUCCUCCUAGGCACCUAAUCCCGCUUCUGGUAUAUCCAGGGGUCUGUGUUUGCCCAACUCUCUAUUUUGUAUUUCUUAAAGGAGUUGCAAGAUCGUUCUCUGUUCGUUAUCUUCACCUGUUUAUAUCGUAGUUUACCCUUUCAGUUUAGCAUAAAAAUAUCCAAGAUGAGUGUAGAGUUAACGACGCUAAAGAUGAACCACGCUCCUGGUGGGGACAUAAAUCACGGAUACACGUCCUCGGAAGGUGUUGACGUAAGAGACACCGGACCUACCAAUGUAUCUCAGAUGCCCAUACACGUCGCCUCAGGAAAAGAAGACAAAGAAUACUUCACCGGAUGUACUAUGUUGGCUGAUAAAAUCCAAACAGCAGUCGGUGUCGUUUUCAGCAAACAUGGCAAUGAAAUUAAAUUCGUUAUCAAAUUGUUUCUUCUAUUGAUGUAUUUUGCUUAUUUCGGCUACGCCAUGUACUACAAGUUUGGAGACGAGGGUUCCAUUCGACUUCUAGUUUGCUCAUUGUUAGGAGUGAUGUUUCUACUUAUCCAUAUCUUUCAACGCUUGGGUAGAUCAACGAUUGGUACAUUUUCUCAGAAAGGCGGGCUUAACUGUAAAGGCCUUAAGAAGACAAGACGAUAUAUACAUCGAUUCUUGAUGGUAGCCGUGUUUGUUUCCUUGAGUGUCUACAUCAUUCUUGAUGUCCUGUUGGACUAUCCACAAAACGCUAUAUCCAUCGCUGGUCUUUUGAUAUACGUCUUCAUCUUCUACGUUUUCUCAAAAAGUCCCGCUAAGGUUCUUCCAAUGGGGGUGUUCUUCUACGCAGUGACCUCCGUCCUCUAUUACCUAGGGGUCAUGCAGGUCGUAAUCAAGAAAAUGGGGAUGUUUCUGGCUUUCUGCCUAGGGACUACACCAGCUGAGUCUCUCAACGCCGCAGGAAACAUCUUUUUUGGCAUGACUGAUGUUCCUGUGAUGAUACAGCCGUUCUUGGAGGAAAUGACUAACUCCGAACUUCACGCCGUAAUGACAGGAGGCUUUGCUACCAUCGCUGGAUCAGUCAUGGGGGCAUAUAUUACUUUUGGUGUGCCCGCUAACCACCUGAUCUCCGCCUCCGUCAUGUCUGCUCCAGCCGCUUUAGCCAUCUCCAAACUAGCUUACCCAGAGACAGAGCGGCCAAAGACCAAAUCAAACGACUACGACAAGAUGGGAAAAUCAACAGAUAGAAAUAUAAUAGAAGCCAUCUCUUCAGGGGCAAGUAAGUCGGUCAAGGUCAUCGUCGCCAUCGCUGUGAAUGUCAUGGCUUUCUUGGCUGUGCUGGAGUUUGUCAACAUGACUUUGGACUGGUUUGGAGAUCGGGUUGGGAUAGAUCACCUGUCUUUCCAGUUAAUAUGUUCCUACGUGUUCUACCCGAUCGCCUUCUUCAUGGGAACAGACGUGCCGGACUGUCGUAGAGUGGCGGAACUUAUUGGAAUCAAAACCUUUACAAAUGAGUUCGUGGCCUAUACAGAACUGUCUCAUCUCAUUGAAAACAAGAAGAACUUUACGGACUACACGGCUCACUGGAAUUCGUCCUCCGACUGGUAUUAUCGAGGGGAGGACAUCAUUCUACCAUACGUCAACCAGACUCUGAAGAAUGGAAUAAUCUCGGAGAAAUCGGAAGUGAUAGCGACGUAUGCACUGUGUGGUUUCUCUAACUUUGGCUCCAUGGGGAUAUUCCUUGGUGGAAUGUCAGCGUUGGUUCCCUCCCGUCGGGGGGAUCUAUCAAAACUCGUUCUGAGGGCCAUGAUAGCAGGCAACGUGGCCUGUUUCUUAACAGGAUGCAUAGCAGGUCUCCUGUAUAAAGAUCAGGGAUCGACUUAGGAACACCAUUCAUACUUUGGCUUUAUACAUGUCUCUUAUACCAAUUGUUAGGCCAUUCUUGGCACACUGAUUUUGACUACGGAUAAAUCCGUUUACCUGAUCAAGAUUUAAGGCUCACGGCGGGUGUGACUAAUCGACAAGGGAUACUUACUCCUCCUAGGCACCUGAUCCCACCUCUGGUAUGUCCAGGGAUCCGUGUUUGCCCAACUCUUAAUUUUGUAUUCCUUAUACCUGUAAUGAGAUUGAUCACUGUUUGCUAUCUUCACCUUUCUUCUCAAACCAAACGACUUUCCUUAACUUAAUCAGUUUCCAAAGGACUAGGUCCCACUAUGUAUUGUUAUUUGUGACCAUGAAAUUCACACAUUUUAUGAUUAUCUGAAAUUAUGAUAAUGAAACUAAUAAACACAAUUCAUACACUUAAAAUUCAUAUUAUAUUAUUAUGCUAUUCAUGACAAUUUGAAGAUAGCGAACAGUGAUAAAUCUCGUAAGUCCUGAAAUGGAAUAUUGCUACAUAGAUAUGGAAAGUUGACGAUGGAGAAGCUGAACUCAUCCCGUUUGUCAUAAAGUUGAGUUGUUAGUUUGUCAUUAACAUCUAUUUUCAAUAAAAUAUCUAAGUAAGAAUCAGA